AUGGCUCGACGGAUGUGCAUUCAGUUCUGUGACCGAACGCGGACCCAUUUACCUGCACAGAUAGGAGCACACACUCCAGACGAGAUGGACGUGACUUUGCUGCUGAAGUCUCUACAACGAACGCUCAUGUUUGAACGUGACGCAGCACAGCGCUUCGAAGGGAUGGCCGAUGAAGAAGAGCUUCAGGAAGUGGAACUGGACGAGAACGGCGAUGCCAUUGACCCACAUUCCGCUGAAGGAAUCAAGAGAAAACAUCGUCGCAAGAAGCGUGAGGCGGAGCGUAAGGCGCUAGAAGAAGAAAUGGAGAAGAACGGUGAGCUCACGGGCGACAAUAACCAGGGCUUGCCGACUAUUCGGGGAAUGAUAUCUCGCUCAUUCGACCCGUUCAUGACGGCGUAUGUAGCACUGGAGCGUAAGAACAUGGAGCAGAUGAUCAACGAGGUGAUGAGCGCCGAGUUGGUGGAUCGGAACGGCCAGCUGCCAGUGUUCUCGAGCUCCGUGAACAUGUUUGCCUACAUUCGCAAUUCAAUUAAACGAUCUCUACUCGCAACGACUUCUCGCGAAACUCCCUGCUGCCUCGACUGGGCUCUGGAUUCUUCAAGCAGUAGUGCGGGCAACAAGGUCAAAUUGAGCGAUAAACAGGAAGAGGAACUAUGUUUCGUAAUCAACACGGCCGAGUACUGCGCUGAGACGCUGCCAUCUCUGGAGGAAGUAAUUCGAGCGAAGAUUGACAAGGCGUUCAGUGAAGCCAUUGAGUUAUCACAAGAGAUCGAUACGUUCCACGACGUGGGCGCCGCAGCUAUGAAGUGUAUCGUUGCUGGAUUGGAGACGUCGCUGGAUGACGAUUUGAACGCACUUCACAAGGCCAACUGGCAGACAUGGGAAGCCGUGGGCGACGAGAGUUUGUACGUUACGCAAAUGGGCGAGAAGCUACAGACGUUUGUGCCGGUGUUGCGGCAAAUGCUGUCUGGACUGUACUUUACCAACUUUUGCGAUAAGUUCGCGGCGUCCUUCGUGCCCAAGAUCUUGCAGGCCGUGUUCAAGUGCCGAAGGAUGAACCAGGUAGCAACGCAGCAACUUCUUCUUGACGUGUACGCUCUCAAGACGUUGUUCCUUCAACUGCCAGUGCUGAACAACGACGGCUUCCAAUCCUCUUUCACCUCAACGAGCUCAGCGACGAUCCCGUCGCGUUACACCAAGUUCGUCUCGAACGAGAUGGCGACGGUGGAAAACGUGCUGAAGCUCAUUGGCACUCCGAACGAAAUGCUCGUCGAGAGCUUCAAGAUCAUGUGGCCUGAGGGUUCUGCGGAGGAUUUUCAGAAUAUUAUGGCUGUGAAAGGGCUCAAGAAGAGUGAGCUGGCGGCGUAUCUCGACACAUUGGGGAUGCAGCGCAAGCCCACGGGUAAGAUCGCGGAAAUGGAGGGCAAGAUGAGCGACAUGACGGAGAACUGGAAGAAAAACAUGCAGAACUUUGCCAAGGUGCCUUUCACAUUCACGGGCGGAAUGAACACCAAUGCACAUCAACAGGGCUAG